AUGUUCAGGAUGCGGGUGGCGACGUUGUGUGUCGUUGGCGUGCUCGCCGCGAGACCGGGCAGAUCCGCGGUUGCCACCGUUUGGACGUCGACCAAAAUACAGGGAGAGGGACAGCAGCAGCAGCAGCAGCAGGAGAGCAGUAAGCCUACCCUGGAUGUCGAAGCGCGAGGGACGCAGCCGGAGCCGGCAACAACGGUAGAAGAGACACAUGGGGUGAGAGCAAGCGGAGGAGGCGGUGCUCGACAUUCCGGAGAAGCAGCUGCUGCGGGUUACGGUGCCCCUGCUUCUGUUAUGAGUGGGGGGGGCGACGCAACCGAAGGUCUGAGCUUCGUCUCGUCGAACGAGUACUUGCCGACGACGGGGUCCCCGUGGACUCACCUCGCGGAGCCGUUCCGAGACACGACGUUCACGGCCUCCUCUACCCUUGGGCGCCCUGACGAGGACGUGUUCAAGUGGUCGUUUGAGGACGGGACUGUCCUGGAAGGAAGAGAGGUGAAACACAACUUCAAGACGCUCGGACGACAACGGGUGUCCCUCUCGCAGAUCGUUGUGUCCACGGGCAACACCCACGAGACCGUAGGCUCCGUCAUGGUCAAGUACGUGCGUCGGGAGAUCCGGUCGUUGACUGACAAAGACAGGGAGGCGUUUUUCGACGCCAUGGAGACGCUCUACCGCCUCCCCACCGUGGAAGGCCGCGAGCUCUACGGCGAGGAAUACAAGGGCAUCAACUUUUUCGUGCAGAUGCACCUGAAUGGGGCCGGCGUGUCGGACUGCGAUCACUGGCACGACGAUGCCGGCAUCAUGACACACCACGUGGGGUACACGUUGCUGUUCGAGCAGGCUCUGCAGGUGGUCGAUCCCGCCGUCACCAUUCCCUACUGGGAGUACACCAUCGAAGCCGCCGCAGGGCUUGAAGACUACGAUUCCUCGGAGGUUUUCGCCAGCGACUGGUUCGGCGAAGCAUCUCCAGACAAUGAGUUGCACACGGUGGACAAGGGGCGAUGGGCGUUCCUACCGGUGAUGGAGGACGCGUGGCACUAUGUUCACAACCCUUACGGCCUUCUUCGCUCUCCGUGGAACACCGAUCCGACGCCGUACGUCACCCGCCACAACGUGACCAACAACAAGGACGUACAGGGUGUCGUGAGCUGCGACGACUACCAGAGCUGCUUCGACAAGGAUAACCUCGCCGACAUGAACAACUGCCUGAACGGGGGCACCCACGGACCGGUGCACAUCAAAGUGGGGGGGGAGUGGAACGACCCCCAGGAGGGCAUCAUACAGGCUCUUGGUACGCUGUUCGGGAGGUACACCAACAAGGUCCCUUUGAUGAGCAAGUACCUCUGGAGAAAAGGCUACCUACGGAUGCCGACUUCUUGCUCGGUCGAGAGCGAAGGCACUGGAGACGCCUCCACCUGCCGCUCCUCUUGCCCCGCUGAGUUGUACGAGUCGAAGGGAAUGAAGCCCUAUGACGUUCUGAUGGACGUUUACGCGCUCCACUGGAUCGCGGAAAGCGCGGGCGGGAUCGUGGUGUGGGACAACAACACGGAGCACUUCACGGUCGCCGGGCACGAACACGACGCAGAGUUCAUGGAGGGGCUGUGGACCAAGGUGCUCACCUCGCUCUGCGACCCCGGGCACGUGGGAGAGUUGUACUCGUCCUCGGCACCGUACGACCCCCUGUUCUGGGUCAUUCACCCCACCGCCGAGAGGUUCAUGGGGUGGAAGAGGAAGCUGGCCAGAGAGCGACCAGACGUGCACCCCUUUAGCGAAGACUGGGGCUACACCCACGGCAAUGUUGUCGGGGAGACGGGGAUGGUGUGUGACUGGUCGGGAGUGCGGCAGGGCACCCUCGACAUGCCGACGUGCGUCAAAGGCAUCUGCGGGGGACACUCCGCCGGGGACUUGCUUCCUUUCAAAGUCAAGAUCGGCGGGGAAGUGCGCAAGAUGACCAACGCAGAGUGGCUAGACUUCAUCUACCCGGACAACGAGGAGCUACCCUACAUGUACGACAGCUUCGGCUGGGACCACUGCGCAGCCAGCGGAUAUCUGAUAGGAGCUCCUGCACCUGAAGGCGAUGACUGAAUUUCCAAAAAGGAAUAUACUUCCAACAUGUUUUUACUGCUUGUUGAAGAAGGGUUCUUCUGGUGGAAAGAAGCGAACCGCCGGAAGAAGGAACGUCCCAUUUUUGUUUUGAUUUUUUCCAGCAUUUUCAUGCUGUGUGUUUUGGGGCGGGUGAGCGUGCAGGGCUUUGCGGACGAGAGAGAUGUCGUUGCCGUUGCCACAGGUGCACGGGGCUGAGGCCGUCUUGUGGUGCCGGAAAGUAGGGACUCAAGUAGGUACCGGGUAGGUUUCGCGUUUUUUGUUUUGUUUUGUUUUUUCGAGUGUGUCUGUUGAUAAUGUGUGUCUACGUGCUGGUGUAUCGCAUCGCACGAAUUUUGUCCUCGGCAUUGGCGUGGCAUCUGUUGCUUGGCGUGAAAUAUUGAUGUGUGUGGUGGUGGUGGUGAUCGCGCAAGGGUAUGAAUGCUGCUGCGUUGCGUUGGUGUGUAGGGGUUGGCGGUUUAGAGUUACCAUCGCUUGGCCGUGCCACACGCGCGUAGCACGUGUACCAUAUAUGUGUCUUUUGCUUCUUCGUUGUUUGAGGCGUGUUUGCCCAUUCUUGGUAGGCAUUGUUCGGAUAUCUUCUUGUAUGAAAGAGAUUUCGUGUCGUGCGACUACUCAUGAAUGCGCGCGAUGCAACCUUCUCUCCGCGCCUAUGUUGCUGUGUGGACCUCGCUACCCCGUUGAUUACUAUUUGGUUUUCCUUCUAUUUUUGCGCUUGUCGUCGGUCGUCCAAUUCCCCGUGCUUGACGAAGUACCAAGCGUUGCUGGAUGAGCCUCUCUCGAGCGGUAAUGGCCAGAGGUCGAUGAUAGUGUUCCCGUAAUGUUGGUGUUAAUUUCGGUGAUGUAUCGUGAGAGACUUUCGGUCAUUUUUGAGUGCUUGCAAGCUGUGAAUUUUUCCGUUUUGGACGAGUGAUCAUGAUGACUACUGUUAAUACAUUUAUUGUGGUGUUUUCUUUGCCUGAGGUGUUUAUUUGGAGAGGUUCCUCCAAAGGCAUGCGUGGCCUAACGUUUGUCGCAAACGUUCCUGGUACGUGGCUUUGAUCAGUAGGGGUUGUUCCGUUAGACCCUUCACCUUUGGCUGUCGCUAUUCUACAUUCACCCGAACUAACGAGGCGGUUCCAAGUUCGACCCCGACAACGUUGUUGUGGUGGUUGUUGCUGUUGUUGUGGUGGUUGUUGGUUGUGUUCGCAUUGGAAACCGUACCGGCCUCGAUGCGUCAUGUCCCCCACCCUGUCCUUCAAGGAAGAAAACACAACACUCGGUGGCUGCUCACAGAUGAACGUGAACGAAAAGAGAUUGAUCCAG